UCUAAUAAAUACAGCUAAAUGAUAAUUUGACAGUUCAUAGUUCUGUCAUUUUAGUUUUAAAAUAUGAGUCAUAAUUAUAACAUGAACAAUAUUAUAACUAUAUUUCAUAAAUUAUUUUAGUAUUUAUUUCGUUAUAGUUAGUUUAUCUUUUUAAAACAUCAAUCAAAAUGCAUGAGGCAUAUGAAGCAUCGCAAAUAUUGAAACUUAGUGUACAAAUUGAAUCUAUAGCAGCUUAUGAUGAUAAUCUACUGGUAGGAACACGACAAGGACAUCUUUUAAUGUACAGUGUCACACAACGUUCAAUUGAUCAAACUUACGAUGUGAGAUUGUUGCGAUAUCACAAAACAUUUAGUAAAAAACCUAUUCAACAAUUAGAAGUCAUUCCAGAAUAUCAACAAUUAGUUUGCUUAACUGAUAAUACCGUGUCAGUUCAUGACAUAAACGCAAUUAAUUUUAAUUUAGUAUAUUCGAUACCAAAGAGUAAAGGUCCUGCCACACUUUUUACAUUAGAUAUUAAGAGAAAGACAUCAAUGACUGGAGAAAUUUCAGUUCUUGUACGAUUAUGUGUAUCUGUUAAACGUAAAUUACAAUUAUAUUAUUGGAAAAAUAAUCAAUUCCUUGAAUUAAUGCAAGAUAUUUCAUUAAAUGAUGUACCACGUGCAAUAACCUGGUGUGAGGAAACUGUUUGUGUAGGUUUUAGAGGUGAAUACACAUUAUUUGAACUUAGCGGUAAACAAAGUGAAUUGUUUCCAACAAGCAGUAAUCGAUCGUCAGAACCAUGUAUUACAAGAAUUUCAGAUAAUAUUAUAGCGCUUGGUAGAGAAAGUCAAACGGUUUUAGUUAAUAAUCAAGGAAGUGCAGAAACAAAUAAAGUUUUAAAAUGGAGUAGUAUACCUCUUGCUAUGGCUUGGGAUGAUCCUUAUGCGUUAGGAUUGUUGGGUGAAACUGUGGAUAUCCAUACAGUUGAACCAUGUGGCUUAAUACAAAGUUUAACUGGGCUACCUAAGGCCCGUUUAAUAGUGCGUUGUAAACAAGGAUUCUUAUAUGCAGCCAGUGUUACUCAUGUUUGGUGUAUAAAAGCUGUUGAUAUUGCCAAACAACGCCAAGUUUUACUCAAUAAUAAACAAUUUCAACUUGCAUUAAAAUUAACGAGUAUAUCAGAUGAAACUGAAGAAGAUAAAAAACAAAAAAUAUAUCAAAUACAAACAUUAUACGCUCAUGAUUUAUUUGCAAAUAAAAAAUUCAGAGAAUCAAUGGAGGAAUUUAUAAAAUUAGAUACAGAUCCGUAUGAUGUGAUUCGUUUAUUCCCUGAUCUUUUACCACAACAACCAAAUGAUCCAGACACAACGCCAGCUGUUAAAUUACAAGACAAAGAUUUAGAGAAUGGAAUACUUGCAUUAAUUGAUUAUUUACGAGAUGUAAGACGAAAAAUAUCGGUACCAAAUUCUACGGAAAAUUCUAAUGGUAGUGGAUCAGCCUCCAAAUCUGCUUUACAACUUCAACAAAUUAUUGAUACAACUUUAUUGAAGUGUUUUUUGCAGACCAAUGACGCACUUGUUGCCCCUCUACUUCGUUUAAACAAUUGUAACUUCAGUGAAGCCGAGAAAACAUUAAAAAAAUACCAAAAGUAUAGUGAAUUAAUAAUUUUAUAUCAACAAAAAAAGCAGCAUAAAAAAGCAUUGGAUCUACUAGAAAAACAAGCUAAUGAACCAGAUAGCAGUUUACGAGGACAUCAUAAAACUGUGCAAUAUCUUCAAAAUUUAGGUGCUGAACAUAUUAAUAUAAUAUUCGAAUAUGCUGGAUGGGUAUUGGAUACAUGUCCUGAAGAUGGAUUAAAAAUUUUUACUGAAGAUUUAGAGAAAGUAGAAAAUUUACCACGUCCAAAAGUACUUGAUUAUUUGUUGAGGACUCAUAAGGAUUUAGUGAUUCCAUAUUUAGAACAUGUAGUCCACGUAUGGGAUGACACAAAUUCCUUGUUUCAUAAUGCUUUGAUUCAUCAAUAUCGUGAAAAAGAGCAACUGUUAUUAGCAGAAAAUGCUACUGCUUCUGAAAAAAGUGCUGGUCAACAUAUUCGAAAUAAACUUUUAACAUUCCUUGAAAAAUCAACACACUAUACACCGGAUACUGUGCUUGCACAUUUCCCAUACGAUAGUUUGUAUGAAGAACGAGCAAUCAUAUUGGGGAAAUUGGGUAAACAUCAGGAAGCAUUGUCCAUAUAUGUACAAGUACUUUGUGACAUUCCACGUGCUAUUGAAUAUUGCUGCAAUGUUUCAGAACAGAGUGGAAAUAUGAGCACAGAUGAAAAUAUAUAUGUUAUUUUAAUAAAAAUGUUAUUAUCACCAACAACUGAAACAUUAGUGAAUGCUGGUGUUGGCGUUUCAGGCGUUAUACCUCAAAAAACACACACUCCAGAUAUAGAAACUGCGUUAUUGCUGUUAGAUAAAUAUGCACAUAUAAUUCCUCCAGCUAAAGCAUUAGAAGUUUUACCGGACAAAGUAUCGUUAUCAAGAAUAAGACAUUUUCUAGAAACAUCACUGAGAACAAAAUUAAGUGAACGGCGACAAACUCAAGUUUUAAAAGGUUUACUUUAUGCUGAACAUUUACAAGCUCAGGAACUUCGUAUUAUGUACGAAAAACAAAAUAUAUUAAUCACAGAAUUAAAUGUUUGUACUGUUUGCAAGAAACGAUUUGCUAAUCAAAGCGCCUUUGUGAGGUAUCCAAAUGGCGAUAUCGUCCAUUACUCAUGCCAAGACAGAAAAUCAUAAAAAUUGAGCCAAGCA